UACCACCACCUCCAAACCACCUCACCCUCAAUAUUGACUUGCUCGUAUCAACAUGCCUGUACCAAAACAAAUAAUAUCGCAGAUCAAACAGCUCAUCCCGCCUUUGGAUGGAUCGCUGCAUAAGGGACAGUCGGGAAGAGUUGGUGUGCUUGGAGGGGCACUAGACUACACAGGAGCACCUUUCUUCGCCGCCAUCUCUGCGUUGCGAGUAGGUGUAGAUCUUUCGCAUGUGAUAUGCUCACCCACUGCUGCUGGUGCCAUCAAAUCAUAUUCCCCUGAUCUCAUUGUCCACCCAAUUCUCCGGGAAGAAGUGUCACCUAAAUCUCUACGAGACGAAAUGAAGGGCCUCCUCUCGCGCCUACACGUCCUCAUCAUCGGACCCGGUCUCGGCCGUGAAGAGUACAUGCAAUCACACGCACGCAUGGCUUUCGACGUGGCCAAAGAACAGAAUAUGUUUGUCGUUCUGGACGCUGACGGUCUAUAUAUGGCCGGCCAAGAUUUGAGCAUCGUGAAGGGGUACAGUCGGAUCGUGCUCACUCCUAACGUCGUCGAAUUCAAGCGACUCAGUGAACAAGCCGGUAUCGACCCAAACACGAAACCAGAAGAGCGUGCCGGGGCCAUCUCAAGGAAGCUAGGUGGAAUAACGAUACUUCAAAAAGGCGCCAACGACAUAAUCUGUGCAAAUACGUCUUCCAACUCAGCCGUCGGCUCUGAACCCACGGAUGAGACCGUCAUUGUGGAUACACAAGGAGGCAUGAAACGCUGUGGCGGUCAGGGAGAUAUCCUCAGCGGAUCUGUCGGUGCACUUUUGGCGUGGAGUAAGUGCUACGAGGAUGGUGCGUUUGGGGACAAGAGCGUGCCGGUGUCGAGGAUGCCGCUGUUGUCUGCGACGGGGGCCAGUAUAAUCACAAGAGGGGCGAGCAGGAGGGCGUAUGAGAUCAUGGGAAGGGGCGUGGUGACGCAGGAUAUGCUGAAAGAGAUCGCGGGAUCGUUUUCGGAGGCGUUUGGGGCGGAGAUGUGGGGUGGAAAGCUGUAGGUGUCGGACUGGCGCAAGACUGACGGAUAGGCAAGACAUAUGUGCGAGGAUGGGUUGCAUGUGGAGGACAGAAGACGCUGUAUUUGUUGUUGUAACACAUAGUACCACUUUCUUUCGG